GAUGAUGCGUUAUUGGGGUGAGCUCCCAGUGGCUUCGGCUCCCUCGGGCCGCUGUUCUUUUGACGUCCUGCAGCGCGAGUUCUGCCAUAUGGAGAUGCAAGACCCUCCCUUGCACCAACCUUCUGCACAGCGUCCACAUCCUACCACCAUGCUGGAUAUCCCCUCUGAGCCCUGUAGUCUCACGAUACACACUGUGCAGCUGAGCCAGCAUUCUCGUCGUCUCCGGGGUCUCAAUGCUGCUGCCCAGCAAGGCCAGCAACCCCUGUCCACAUUAUCAGAUGCCCAGGGUGCCUUGAAACCCGAGAAUGGGGAUGCUCUACCUCCCCGGCCUGCCACACCCACUGUACCUGAUGAUCUGCUUCCACUGGAUAGUAAAGCUCCUCGACAGCCAUUCCAACAGGUAGGAACAGGUAUUCCAUGA